AUGGCUGCCCUCCUGAGACCAGCUCGCUGGCUCCUUCGCACGUGCCCAGCCCCGCGACUCCCGCUCUCCCUGCGCUUCUCCGGGGGAGGCCCAGGCCGCCUGCACGCCGUCCCCUGUCUGUCUGCUGCCCGUGUGGAGCCCUUCUCCAGAAAACUAGUUGGCCAAGCCAGGAGAUAUGCUAUUGCUGCUGAAAAGAAGAAUUAUCUUCAAGAGGAGUCCAUGUCUACUCAAAGAAAGAUUAAUAGUCAAUUUGACUUGGCUCUGAUGAGACUAGAUAAUUCUGUCCGAAGAACUGGCCGCAUCCCAAAGACACUUCUGCAAAAAGUUUUUGAUAAUGCAUGCCACUCAGGGAAUCCCAGUGGCAAUCAGGCCUUGCUUCUGCUGCGCAGCUGCGGUUCUCUCUUGCCUGAACUAAAGCUCUCAGAGCGAACAGAAUUUGUACAUAGGAUAUGGGACAAACUUCAGAAAUUAGGUACUGUUUAUGAUGUAAGUCACUAUAAUGCUUUACUUAAAGUCUAUCUUCAGAAUGAAUAUAAAUUCUCACCAACUGACUUUUUGGCAAAAAUGGAGGAAGCAAAUAUUCAGCCAAAUCGAGUGACGUAUCAGAGGUUGAUUGCUGCUUAUUGUAAUGUAGGAGAUAUUGAAGGUGCCAGCAAGAUUCUUGGGUUUAUGAAAAGCAAGGAUCUUCCAGUCACAGAAGCGGUGUUCAGUGCCCUUGUUACCGGACAUGCAAGAGCAGAGGAUAUGGAGAAUGCAGAAAAUAUUCUUACAGUGAUGAAAGAAGCUGGACUUGAGCCUGGUCCAGACACAUACCUUGCAUUGUUAAAUGCAUAUGCUGAGAAGGGAGAUAUCGAUCAUGUUACGCAGACCUUGGAGAAAGUGAAGCAGUCUGAUCUUUACCUUACGGACCGUGAUUUAUUGCAAGUUAUUUAUAGCUUCUGUAAAGCUGGAUAUCCUCAGUAUGUUUCAGAGAUUUUGGGAAAAUUUACACAUGAAAGAAGAUACAUUCCAGAUGCAAUGAACCUCAUUUUACUUUUAAUCACUGAAAAAUUGGAAGAUACAGCAUUCCAAAUUUUAUUAGCCUGUUCUUUGGCGAGAAAAGAUGAUCUCCGUGAUUUUGGAAGGUUUUUUUUGCGACACUGUGUGGAAAUGAAUACGCCUGCGGAGAAGUUAAGUGACUACUGCAAGAAGUUAAAGGAAUCCCAGUUGCACUCAUCUCCUUUCCAGUUCACACUACAUUGUGCUUUAGAAACCAAUAAAGCUGAUUUGGUGAAAGCUCUAGUGAAGACUUUUAAGGAAGAAGGCUUUCCCAUCAGAACUCAUUAUUUCUGGCCAUUGCUAGUUGGACAUCAGAAGAAGAAAGAUGUUCAAGGUAUAAUUGAAGUUCUCAAAGGAAUGCAAAAAAUAGGAGUAAAUCCAGAUCCUGAGACUUAUAUAAAUUAUGUGUUUCCAUCAUUUGAUAGUGUGAAGGCUGUACGUGCCAGUUUGGAAGAAAAUGGAUAUGUUCCUGAAAAUAAAACCUUUUUGCAAGCUGAAUUGAAAAAUGAAGCAUUAAAGGGGAACUUGGACUCUUUUUUAUCAUUUUUGGAAUCAAAUACAUCACCUAUGUCAUUGAAUUAUUUGAGAGGCAGCCUGAUUUUAGGUUUUAAGAGGUGCAUGGAUGUAAAUCUUUGGAGCAAGAUAACAGAACUGUUGUACAAGGAUGGACGGUAUUGCCAGGGGCCUCCAGGAGCAACGGAAGCUGUUGGCUAUUUUCUUUAUAACUUGAUUGACAGCAUGAGUGACUCAGAGGUACAGGCCAAGGAGGAGCAUUUGAGACAAUACUUCCAUCAGCUGAAGGAGAUGAAUAUAAAGAUUCCGGAAAAUAGCUACAAAGUGCUUCGUAAUCUCCUGGAUAGCUAUCAUGUUCCUGAAUUGAUUAAGGAUGUUAAUAGUUUGAUUGAUAGAGAGACUCAAAAAACAGUGCAACAUAAAUUGUCUGAUUUGGAAGCUACACUUGAAAAACUAAAAGCUGAAAAUCAACCUAUAAGGGAUAUCCUAAAGCAACUCAUAUUAACGCUCUGUUCAGAAGAGAAUAUGCAAAAAGCUCUUGAAAUGAAAGCAAAAUACAAAUCGGACAUGGUCGUUGGUGGCUAUGCGGCUUUAAUAAGUGUGUGCUGUCGGCAUGAUAAUGCAGAGGACGCGCUGAACCUGAAACAGGAGUUCGACCGUUUAAAUUCAUCUGCUGUUCUUGACACCAGAAAGUAUGUAGACCUCGUAAGAGUAUUGGGGAAACAUGGCAAACUUCAAGAUGCUAUUAACAUUCUAAAGGAGAUGAAAGAGAAGGAUGUUCUUAUCCAGGAUACAACACUCUUGUCCUUUUUCCACAUCCUAAAUGGUGCAGCAUUAAGAGGUGAAGUUGAAACAGUGAAACAGUUGCAUGAAGCCAUCGUGACUCUAGGGUUAGCACACCCGUCUACCUCCAUAAGUUCCCCAUUGGUCACUCUAUAUCUGGAAAAGGAUGAUAUACCUGCUGCUCUUGAGGCUUCCCUUGACUGCUUUCAAAAGUACAAAAUACUACCAAGAAUUCAUGAUGUCUUAUGCAGACUGAUUGAGAAAGGCGAGACGGAUCUGAUUCAGAAAGCAAUGGACUUUGUGAGCCAAGAACAAGGUGAAAUGACGAUGCUCUAUGAUCUUUUCUUUGCCUUCCUACAAACAGGAAAUUACAAAGAAGCCAAGAAGAUCAUUGAGACACCAGGCAUCAGAGCUCGCCCUUCAAGACUACAGUGGUUUUGUGAUAAAUGCAUUUCAACUAACCAGGUUGAAACUCUGGAAAAAUUAGUGGAGAUGACACAGAAGCUAUUUGAAUGUGAUAGAGAUCAGCUAUACUACAGUCUGUUAAAACUAUAUCAAAUGAAUGGUGACUGGCAGAGAGCUGACACUGUCUGGAAUAAAAUGCAAGAAGAAAAUAUUAUUCCUCGUGAGAAGACAUUAAGAUUAUUAGCGGAAAUUCUUAAAAACAAUAAUCAGGAGGUUCCAUUUGAUGUGCCAGAGUUGUGGUAUGAGAAUGAAGACCAUCUCAUCACUGAGAAGUCUUUAUCACUCUUGCCUUUGGAAGCUAAAUUCCAGAGAGAGCUCAGGAAUGCCUGCCAGAGGAAGAGAAAUAAAGAUGCAUAUAAUAUUUUCCUGAGAGCAGAAAACCAAAAAGUUGUGUUUAACAGUGAAACAUACAUCAGUCUUAUCAAAUUACUGCUGUUGAAGGAAAAUUUAAUACAAGCAAUGCAAGUAAAAAAUAUCGCUGAGACCCACAUCAAGGGCUUCACACUGAACGAUGCUGCCAACAGCCUCCUCCUCAUAACGCAAGUUAGGCGGGAUUAUUUGAAAGACGCUCUGGCAACACUGAGGAGAACCUUGGAUCUGGAGCAGUUGCCUUCUAGGAUGGCAGUGACCCGCCUUAUUCAGGCAUUUGCCUUGAAGGGUGAUGUCGAAAGCAUACAGGCAAUUCAGAAGAUGGUAAAUGGACUUGAAAAUUCAGUUGGACUUUCACGUAUGGUUUUCAUCAAUAACAUUGCCUUGGCACAAAUAAAAAACAAUAACGUAGAUGUCGCAGUAGAAAGCAUUGAAAGUAUGCUGACUUCUGAGAAUCCAGCCCUGGAUCACCAGCACUUUGGCUUGGCGUACUUAUACAGAAAAGUGAUUGAGGAGCAGCUGGAGACAGCAGUUGAAAAGAUAAGCAUCAUGGCAGAGAGAUUAGCCAAUCAGUUUGGCAUUUACAAACCUGUCACUGAUCUUUUCCUUCAGCUUUUGGAUACAGGCAGGGUGAAUGAUGCCAGAGCCCUCCUGCAGAGAUGUGGUGCGAUUGCUGAACAAACUUCAAUUCUGUCGGUCUUCUGUUUUAGGAGCUCUUGGACACCAGGAAAGGCACCAACUAUAAAAUCUUUGUUAGAACUGAUUCCUGGGUUAAUUGAAGAGGAAAAUGCGUAUUCUCCCAUCAUGAAAAUCUAUGCCCAGGACAAUGAUGUCGCCUCUGCUAAAGCGCUGUAUGAACAUCUCACUGCAAAGAACAUAAAACUGAAUGGUUUGUUUCUAAAGCGUUACGCAGUGUUGCUGAAGAAUGCUGGGGAGUCUGUCCCUUUUCCAGAACCACCUGAAAGCUUUGAUUUUUAUGUGAAGCAGCUGAAGGAGUCCAAGGAAAUCCCUUUGUGA